ACCUAGGUAGGGCAAAGUCUUGUUAUAUCAAAUCAAUCCAUGGUGCCAGCCUCGACCGGGAGCGCCAUGCGGGUCGCCGUGGCUCAAAUGACUUCCACCUCCAGCAUCGAUCUCAACUUCGCCACUUGCCAGCGCCUGGCCAGAGAGGCUGCUGACGCCGGAGUGAAACUGCUGAGCUUACCCGAGUGCUUCUCCUUCAUUGGUCGCCGAGGCGACGAGGCACUGGCGAUUGCGGAGCCUCUCGACGGGCCGAUUUUCCGGAGGUACCAAGCCCUGGCGAGAGAUUUGGGCUUGUGGCUCUCUCUGGGCGGAUUCCAAGAGAAGGGGCCGGACGAGGACCACGCGUAUAACACUCACGUCCUGCUCGACGACCUUGGCUCAGUGCGCUCGUGCUACAGGAAGGUCCACCUGUUUGAUGUGGAUGUUCCCGGAGGCCCAGUUCUAAAGGAGAGCAAUCGCACUGCUCCUGGAACACAAGUGGUUACUGCUCAAAGCCCGGUAGGCACACUCGGUCUGACGAUAUGCUACGACUUGAGAUUCCCGGAGCUGUACCAGCGUCUCAGGUUUACGGAGAAUGCCCAGGUGCUGCUUGUUCCUUCGGCAUUUACUCGCAAGACUGGAGAAGCGCACUGGGAGCUCCUCCUGCGAGCUCGUGCUGUUGAAACGCAGUGCUACGUUCUUGCGGCGGCUCAGUCUGGGAAGCACAACGAUCUCCGGGAAAGUUAUGGUGAUGCGAUGAUUAUUGAUCCUUGGGGAAGCGUCGUUGCAAGGUGUCCAGAUAGAUUGGUGACGGGCAUCGCAGUGGCGGACAUAGACGAGGAGCUUCUCAAGACAGUGAGGAGGAACAUGCCAAUUGCCGAGCAUCGCAAGUAUAACAUAUACGGGAGUGACCGCCAACUAUCAACACUUUAAGGAGCUCUGGAACGUCUGUAAACAAGUUCUUCAUCUAAGUCCUCUCGGCCUUGCGUUUCAGAGCCAAGGACUUGCUAAGUCGAGCUCGGCUGCUGUCGGCUACUUCAUCCUCGCUCCCACUGUCGGAGACAAUGAGAGGAUCCUCACCGCUAUCAGUCUUGGAAGUGUCCUCCUCACCUUCGUCA